UGUGAGUGUGUGUGUGUGUGAGUGAUCACUUUGUAGUUUCCUCAGUGUGUCACUAACAUGAGGGACUAAAGCUAACUCUCCGCCUUCACUCCACUCGACACUCGCUUCCUCCUUCAACAUCAACCUUCCUCUGAGUUUGCUGUAUACUGGUCCACCGAGCCCACUGCAACCACAGCACCCAUUGCAUGCACAGCUUGUAUUAUUUCAGUCCAGCUCACAUGAUCACACAAGGGCUGGACAGUAGUGAUCUAAGAGGAUGAAGGGGAGGAAUCCUGGCGCUUUGUGGGGUUUUUAGCAAAAGAAGAAUCAGACACACUGGCAGCCUGUCCAGCUCCUGUUUGACACCUCUGUCUGCCACGGAGCUCACCAUGAGUUAGAGGGCAUCAGAGAGCACUGCCAAAGCUGCCUUCCUCAGCAUCUGGAGACAGUAGCAUCACUCGCCCUGCUUCAUGAGCCAGCAGGAUGCGGCUGAGGUCCUCGCACUCUCCGAGCGCCUCCUCAUAGCUUCACACAAGGGACAGGCCGACAAUGUGGUCCAGCUUAUCAACAAGGGUGCAAAAGUAGCUGUCACCAAGUAUGGCAGAGGCCCGCUGCACUUGGCUGCCUAUAAAGGCCACAUCGAGGUUGUGCGUAUCCUGCUCAAAGCUGGAUGCGACCUGGACAUCCAAGACGACGGGGAGCAGACGGCGUUACAUCGGGCUGCCGUGGUGGGAAACAGUGACGUCAUCAGCGCUCUCAUCCAGGAAGGGUGUGCACUGGACAGACAGGACAAGGAUGGAAACACUGCGCUCCAUGAAGUCUCCUGGCACGGUUUCAGCCAGUCCGUCAAACUGCUAGUGAAAGCUGGAGCCAACGUUCAUGCAAAAAACAAGGCAGGGAACACAGCUCUCCACCUCGCAUGUCAGAAUGGUCACGCUCAGAGCUCCAAGGUUCUGCUCCUGGGAGGCUCCAGGCCAGACAGCAAGAACCACUUGGGGGAUUCAUGUCUGCAUGUGGCAGCCCGCUACAACCACAUGUCAAUGAUCCGCAUCCUACUGGGGGCAUUUUGCUCUGUUUCAGAGAAGAACCUGGCUGGGGACACUCCACUACAUGUUGCAGCUGCUCUGAAUCAUAAGAAAACUGUACGUUUGCUGCUAGAGGCGGGGGGAGACAGCCGCAUCUGCAACAAUGCUGGUGAAACAGCUUUGGAUAAGGCCAGAGAGCAUAACAACCCAGAAGUGGCUCUUCUCCUGACCAGAGCUCCACAGGUGCAGAGCUUUGUGCGUGGCAGGAGUGUGAGGAAGAGGAGAGACAAGCUGAAGGCAGAGGGCAGAGCUCAGUCGGUGCCCAGGGAUGAGAUGCUGCCCUGUAAGGACAGUGCUUCAGCUGCAGAUGACACCCAGAGCAGUGACCGAGCUGCCUGCAAACACACUGAAGUGACUGAAACUAACACCAGGAGGGGCAAGAACAGGAAGCAGAAGGAAAAGCCGUUUCUGUCUGAACCACUUCGCCGCAGAGAGACCAGACCCAGUGAAGCCAUUCAUAGGAGGAAGGGUAAACUGCGAGGAGUCUCUCCUCAUGCAGCCAUCCCACCACACAACUUCAAAGCCUAUCAGCUUUACACGCUGUACCGCGGCAAGGAUGGCAAGAUCAUGCAGGCUCCUCUGAACGGCUGCCGCUGUGAACCUCUCAUCACUAAACUGGAGAACCAGCUGGAGGCCACUAAAGAGGAGAUGAAGACUGAGAUCAACACAGUCCAAGACCUGAUGAACAGCAAGAUGGGCCAGCUGGACCGCAAGAACAAGCACCAGAUCUGUGCUCUUGAUAAGAUGACAGUGGAGAGAGUGUCGGCAGAGAGGAGCGAGUGUCUGCAGAGGAUGGAGCAGCGGGCCCUGCAGGAGCGACUGGAGGCAGAGAAGAGACAGCAGGCGUCUCUGAUCAAUGAGUUGAAGAGCUGGUGUCUGUCAAAACUGCAGAACAUGGAGGUUCUCUUCACAGGAGACCCCAGCAGGACCAAGUUGCGGCGCUCCUCCUCCAUGACCGAGGGCCUGGACGAAGCAGAGGGAGCUGAGCUCACUGAGCUGCCCGCUGGAGAUCAAGGUGGCUCCCAUUGUCCAGAGGUGCACAGCAGUCCCACGCUCCUGGACUCUGACCGCAGGGAUCCCAGUGUGGCAGAGGGUGGAUCAGCCAACCACUACUUUGUGGUUCAUGUGGAGAGCUCUCCAGAUGAUAAGGCACGUAAGACUGAAGUCAGCUCUCCUACUGCAGCCAAGAAGCUGCUGCCAUCUGUGCAGGUGGUCCGGCCAAAGGAGCGCUCAGUGAUCUGCACUGACACCCAGAGGAAGAACACGGACCUGCUGAACGUGGAUGUAGUGGAGUACGGUGCGACUGGGGGCAGAGUCCACAGAGCGAGCAGUCUGUCCCCCGCCACAGAACGCCGCUGCAGGACUGACGGUGCGCUCAGAGAUAGGGAGCGAGGCCGAGACAGAGGGAAGCUGCGUAAAAAGCAAUCCCAGGGAAGGACUAAUUCCAGCGGGGCCACGGGGACCAAGGUCCUGGAGGUCUUCGGGGAGCAGCCCAGCGAGCCCUCUUUUGCCCAGGAGAGGGAAAACAUGCACGCCCUGGAGGUGACGCAGUACUUCUUCGAGGCGGUGUCGACGCAGAUGGAGCGCUGGUACGAGAGGAAGGUGCAGGAGGCUCGCUGGCAGGCCACUCAGAGGGCCGAGGCCGACAGAGCCACUCUGGUGGAGAGGAUCUCUUACCUGGAGGACGAGCUGCGCAUGCUGAGGACUGACAAGCGCGACGGGUGCUGACGCUGAGCUCCCCUGUCACUGUGACACUGACCAGAAGCCACAUGUGGUUGGGUUGGAUCUUAGCCUCUCGCAGCAGCAGAGAUUUAUGACACAAAACUGAACUGUCAUGUUUUCUUCUUGCAGAACUGAGACGAGUCUUCACAUCCAGCACUGACAGAUUGAGUUCACGUUCACAGCUGUAAAUCACGUCCUCCUGGAAUCCAGUCAACCCAUUUUUACAUGAACCACAGCUGUUGGUUGUCAUGGUAGCAGCGGCCUGGUAUGCUGAGGUGUGUAUGAACACUACUAUCGAAACAGGGGCAGCUCUUGUGCACUGUGUUGUAAAUAAACCAGUAAAUGUAAAGCUAGUUGUCAAACGUUGAACUAAUGUGCCAUUUAUAGAAUAGAUACACAAUGAACACCAUCAACACACAAACAUAUUCACACAUUUGGCCGACCACACACUAAAACUGAGUCAUGUGACACCACGUUAUCAUGAGACGUAAUUGGUGUGUUACACUGGUAUCAUUAGAUUACAGUGACAGCCGCCUGCAUGGAGGGAAUCACAGUGUAAUAAGCUUUUUGUUGGUGUCUAUUUACUGGAAUCAGUCUUGUGAAUUUAAAAGAACGACCCGCUGUUUAUUUAUGAGAAUGUAGUUGAAGUGACACUGUACAUAGAACUAGAGUGAAGGUUUGUUUUAACUGCAUUGAUCCCUGAUUCUGCUGCGUGGUGAUCUGUGCGGAGGCUGGAGUGUGACGAUGGAAGAAUUACAGACUUUUACCGUGUUAAAAACAAUUCCUAAAGAAAUGAUUAAAUCAUAAACCGAUAAGCAAUAACUAUACAUCUGAAUGAGGCAUUUCAGUUUUAGUUCAAAUACAGAGAUACAUUUUUCAUAGUAAAAUGAUUAAUCAAUGUAUUUUGCAUUUUUAAACUUAAUUGGUUUAUCGACAUUUUAAUUUAAAUACACAAUUGGUUUCCAUUAUUUAAACUCAAGUAUUAAAUAUAUUAAACAGGCUUGUACCUCUUAGUUUUAGUUAUAAAGAAAAUAUAUAUACAUUAAUUUAGAAAUCUGUAUUUAGACUAAAAGAAGGGACGACUUUGAUUCUAACUUAAGUGUAAAAGUUUAUUAUUACUCAGGUGUCACAGUGAACUCCACGCUCAACAUUAUAAACCUGUGCACUACUUUAAAUUCAAGCUGAAAAGUUGCUGUCACAUAUAGUAAAUACAAUUUUUAAAAAGUCUUAUCAAUCCUCCUGCUGCCACCCACACUGUCGCCAUUCAACACUUCAACUGUGUCAUAGACAGUAGAAAGAUAUUUUAACUCUAGUGUCUUAGUAAGAGUGAGCGGGAACAAAGUGUUUACAAUCACAACACUUGUGACACUAACAUUAUGAAACAUUGAAACCUGCCUGCAGAUCUUAACAAGCUGACUUCUCAUCCUGUUACUACCUAAAGUCUUUUCUCCCAGAAUGCCCUCUGCCCUGCCGAUCAUGUUUACCUGUAAAGCACAAUCCUGACGCUGAACUUAGUCCGAACCUGUUGCAUGAAGAACGCUCACAGUUGAGUUGCAGUAUUACUGUCUGCUGUACAUUUGCUGUAGUGACUGUUUUUAUAUGACCUCGAUGCACUCUGUAUGAUGAAGCCAGAAAAACCUAUUUUGUAUUAAAAAGAAGAAGAUUGUU